GAGACUUGGUCAACAGGAAUUACUUCAUUCUUGAUCCUCACACAUGUAGCGACCGUCAGGGAGCAAAUCAACCCGAUUAUUUCCUCUGUAUUGUCUUCUACCUGCCGGGAUCAUGCAGGUUUGCAGCGUGUGCAGCGAGCAGACACCAAAGUACAGAUGUCCAGCCUGCAAAAUACGAUAUUGUUCACUUGGCUGCUACAAGAAGCAUAAAGACACUUGUGUUCCUGUUGAGAAGCCUCCGUCUCCUAAAACUGAAGCUGAGGGUGUUGUGAGCUCUGAGUCGUGGACGGUUGAUGAUCUUCUGCAUGAAGAUGACAUCAUUGACAAAGUGUCUCUGCAGAGACUCCAGUUGUUAGGUCAGUCAAAAGGGCUCAGAGAUCUGCUUUGCAACCCUCAUCUGAGACAGUUGUUGCGCUCCAUCGACAGCGCAGACAGCAAAGAGGACGCGAUGAAGGCCGCCAUGCAGGAGCCUCUGUUUGUUGAAUUUUCAGAUCAGUGUUUGAAAAUUGUAGAAGAUAAGAAAAAAUCAUUAACAUCCAGUGAGGAUGGUUAUUUGUAAAAUUGUGCUUAGAUCAGUUUUUGAUAUUUUUGUAGUGGGUUGACCUACCUUUUUGUAUUUCUGUAAAAAUAUCCAGGGUUAGGCCGCACAUGCCAUGAAUGUUGUAUAGUUGCUGCUAUUAUUCUCGUGCCUUCUUAAUGCUACAGAUUGUAUAUAAUGUUCAAAUAAAUGCUAAAACUUCCUCAAA